CGCACUGAAACACACUGCGCAUGCGCAGUCGCAGUCGCCAUUGUUUGUGCUCGUGAUCGGCCUAGUACUGUUGAUCUGACUUCUUACGAGAAUAUUUAAAUUAACGAACAGACAGUUUGUGAUAUUAAGUCAAAGUUACGUUAAACUAGUGAUCAUUACUGUAUGAGUGAUUAAGUGAAAAGAUCGACGCGGGAGAAUGACAGAACAGAGGAGUGGAUAUCAGCAGUUGAAUAAUGAGGAGUCAGAGGAGGUGUUACAACAAGCUGCGGAUGCGCCUCCGCCGUACAGCAGCAUCCCAGCGAAUAAUGCAGCUUUCUUUGAGUAUAAAGAAGAUGAUGUGUACCCCAAACCUCCGUCGUACAACGUCGCCACGUCACUGCCGUCAUAUGACGAGGCUGAGAGGAGCAAAGAAGAGGCCACCAUUCCUCUAGUCACCGACAGGGAUGAGGACUUCAUUGCCAGAGACAGUUUUGAUGAUACGGAUCAACUGCGGGUUGGGAACGAUGGGAUUUUCAUGCUAACGUUUUUCAUGGCGUUCCUCUUUAACUGGAUUGGCUUCUUCCUGUCCUUCUGUCUGACCACGUCUGCGGCGGGACGCUACGGAGCCAUCUCUGGGUUCGGACUGUCCCUGGUCAAAUGGGUCCUGAUUGUCAGGUUUUCUACCUACUUCCCUGGAUAUUUUGAUGGCCAGUACUGGCUGUGGUGGGUUUUCCUUGUUGUAGGAUUCCUGCUGUUCUUCCGGGGAUUUGUUAACUAUUCCAGAGUUCGCAACAUGACCGAUCAUUCCAUGUCCACCCUUCCUCGUACCCGAGUUCUCUUUAUCUAUUAGGUGAAGCACAAGAAGUUAUUUCCCAAAGUUUUUUUUUUUUUUUUUUUAGAUGUAAGUGCAUUGCAUUAGUGGAAAAUCAAUUAAAAGACAACCUUUCGGUGAUAUAAAUGAUUAUGGUCAUGAUAUUUAAAUGAAGAUGACAUUUUUUCCUCCUUUGACUUUGUGAAUGGAUUAAAAUCUCCGGAUAAUUGCAAAAUGAUCAAAACAGCAAAGUCAACAAAUCUUUUUUGAAUCUUCACGACUUAAACGGCAACAUCUGCUUCAGACGCCCUUGCACUUCUCUAUAGUUUGCAUAAUGCAAUUUAUUACACUGGCAUAUUUUACUUAAGCUUUUGAGUUCCUCCAGCCAUUAAUCAGUGCUUAAUUAAACCGUACAGUAUGCAUUCAUUAUGCAGUUAGAAGCUGACAUGUGCAUGUGCUCCAGUUCAGAAUGCUUUUGUUAAAUUCCCUCUCACAGUUUGUUUCUGUGAGUUUUCUCUUAAUUUGUGGGAAGGUUGUAAUUUUUUUCUUUGUGGGUAAAUCUAGUAACUGACCUUUGUGAACAAGAAGAGAGAUAUUAAAUGAUAAAAACAUAUACUUUCAAGAUCUAAACAGGUCCUUGUAAAGCAAAAAGCAUAUUAAAAGUGUAUUCAAAAAUAUGUCGGCUUGUUUUAAAUUCCUCAUCCUGUCACCAAACAGACCAAAAUACUCUUAUUAUAGAAAAGGUCCAUUUAGCUUGAUAGCAGUUCAAUAUGAACAGCAACCUGAUUCAGCAUUAAAGCACACCUGAUGUGAUGCGCUUAAUCGAUCAAUGUGAAUAACACAAUAUUUUAUGAUGCCAAAUGUAGCAGUAGAUGGUUAUAUUGAAGGCUUCAGUAUGGGCUAGUGCUUCACAAUGUGCUGUUUGUGAUUUGUAUGUUUUACAGUUGUCGAGUAACUUUUAAUAAAUGUAACACAUAUGGCAACACCACA